ACCCAGCAACAGACUUCCCUUUCAUCACUAGAUAGACAGAGUGGCCCACAGUGUCUUCUGUUAUGGGGAGCACUUCCAUUUGUGGUGGAUAUAGCUGGCUCUUUGUGUACAGUGCCUUGCAAAAGUAUUCAUCCCCUUUGGCAUUUUUCCUAUUUGUUGAAUUACUACCUGUAAUUUCAAUAGAUUUUUAUUUAGAUUUCAUGUAAUUGACAUACCCAAAAUAGUCCAAUUUGGUGAAGUGAAAAAAAUUAUUUGUUUAAAACUUAGUGCUGAAAUCCCGUUAAUGGGAUCGGUAUGACAACAGCCAGUGAAACUGCAGGGCGCCAAAUUCAAAACAACAAAAAUCUCAAGUAUUUUACACCAUUUUAAAGCUAAAAUUCUUGUUAAUCCAGCCACAGUGUAUGAUUUCAAAAAGGCUUUAUAGUGAAAGCACCACAAACAAUUAUGUUAAGGUCACCACCAAGUCACAGAAAAACACAGCCAUUUUUUCAGCCAAAUCUAGGAGACACAAAAAGCACAAAUAGAGAUCAAAUGAAUCACUAACCUUUGAUGAUCUUCAUCGGAUGACACUAAUAGGACUUCAUGUUACACAAUACAUGUGUGUUUUGUUUGAUAAAGUUAAUAUUUAUAUUUAAAAAAAUCUGAGUUUCCAUUGGCGCAUUAUGUUCAGUAGUUCCAAAAACAUCCAGUGAUUUUGCAUAGCCACAUCAAUUUACAGAAAUACUCAUAAACAUUGAUAAGAGUUAUAAGUGUUAUGUGUGGAAUUAUAGAUCCACUUCUCCUUAAUGCAACCGCUGUGUCAGAUUACAAAAAAGCUUUACGGAAAAAGCAAACCAUGCAAUAAUCUGAGAAUGGCGCUCAGAAAACAUUUACAUAUAUCCACCAUGUUGGAGUCAACAGAAGUUAGAAAUAACAAUAUAAAUAUUCACUUACCUUUGAUGAUCUUCAUCAGAAUGCACUCCCAGGAAUCCUAGUUCCACAAUAAAUGUUUGAUUUGUUCAAUAAUGUCCGUCAUUUAUGUCCAAAUAGCUACUUUUGUUAGCGUGUUUGGUAAACAAAUCAAAACUCACGAAGCGCAUUCACUAGUUGCAGAGGAAAUGUCAAAAAGUUAUAUUACAGUCCUUUAGAAACAGGUCAAACGAUGUAUGGAAUCAAUCUUUAGGAUGUUUAACAUAAAUCAUCAAUAAGGUUCCAACCGGAGAAUUCCUUUGUCUUCAGAAAUGCAAAGAAACGCAGCUACUUCUCAUGUGAAAUGCGCGUGACCAGCCUGUGGCACUCUGCCAGAGACCUGACUCAUUCAGCUCUCAUUCGGCCCCACCUCACAGUAGAAGCAUCAAACAAGUUUCUAAAGACAGUUGACAUCUAGUGGAAGCCUUAGGAAGUGCAACUUGACCAACAUCCCACUGUGUAUUCGAUAGGGGCAGAGUUGAAAAUCGACCAACCUCAGAUUUCCCACUUCCUGUUUGGAUUUUUUCUCAGGUUUUUCCCUGCCAUCUGAGUUCUGUUAUACUCACAGACAUCAUUCAAACAGUUUGAGAAAUGUCAGAGUGUUUUCUAUCCAAAUGUACUAACAAUAUGCAUACAUUAGCAACUGGGACUGAGUUUACUCUGGGCACCUCUGGGCACCUUAAUCAUCCAAGCUACUCAAUACUGCCCCCGGCCAUUAGAAGUUUUUUUUAAAUGCAACAAAAAAACUAAAAAAACUUUAAAAAACGGAAAGGUGGUGCGUGCAUAUGUAUUCACCCCCUUUGCUAUGAAAUCCCUAAAUAGGAUGUGGUGCAACCAAUUAGCUUAGGAAGUCACAUAAUUAGUUAAAUAAAGUCCACCUGUGUGCAAUCUAAGUGUCACGUGAUCUCAGCAUAUAGACACCUGUUCUGAAAAGCCUCAGAGUCUGCAACACCACUAAGCAAGGAGCACCACCAAGAAAGCAGCACCAUGAAGACCAAAGAGCUCUCCAAACAGAUCAGGGACAAAGUUGGGGAGAAGUACAGAUCAGGGUUGGGUUAUAAAAAAAUAUCUGAAACUUUGAACAUCCCACGGAGCACCAUUCAAACCAUUAUUUAAAAAAUGGAAAGAAUAUCGCGCCACAACAAACCUGCCAAAAGAGGGCGGCCCACCAAACUCACAGACCAGGCAAGGAGGGCAUUAAUCAGAGAGGCAACAAAGAGACCAAAGAUAACCGUAAAGGAGCUGCAAAGCUCCACAGCGGAGAUUGGAGUAUCGGUCCAUAGGUGUAACGGUUUUCUUGAGGUGAAUCAAAUCAAAUCAAAUCACAUGUAUUUAUAUAGCCCUUCGUACAUCAGCUGAUAUCUCAAAGUGCUGUACAGAAACCCAGCCUAAAACCCCAAACAGCAAGCAAUGCAGGUGUAGAAGCACGGUGGUUAGGAAAAACUCCCUAGAAAGGCCAAAACCUAGGAAGAAACCUAGAGAGGAACCAGGCUAUGUGGGGUGGCCAGUCCUCUUCUGGCUGUGCCGGGUAGAGAUUAUAACAGAACAUGGCCAAGAUGUUCAAAUGUUCAUAAAUGGCCAGCAUGGUCGAAUAAUAAUAAGGCAGAACAGUUGAAACUGGAGCAGCAGCACAGCCAGGUGGACUGGGGACAGCAAGAAGGAGAGGCGGACCAAAACGCAGCGUGGUGGUUAUUCAUGGUACUUUAAUAAAGACACUAUACAUGAAUAAACUAACAAAACAAUACAUGUGAGAAAACCUAAACAGCCUAUCUGGUGAAAACAAACACAGAGACAGGAACAAUCACCCACCAACACACAGUGAAACCCAGGCUACCUAAGUAUGAUUCUCAAUCAGAGACAACUAAUGACACCUGCCUCUGAUUGAGAACCAUACUUGGCCGAAACAUAGAAAUACCCAAAUCAUAUAAAAACAAACAUAGACUGCCCAAACCCUCCCCCCCCCCAAAGGUGCAGACUCCGGCUGCAAAACCUUAACCUAUAGGGGAGGGUCUGGGUGGGCGUCUGUCCGCGGUGGCGGCUCUGGCGCAGGACGCGGACCCCACUUCACCAACAUCUUAGUCCGCCUUCUUGUCCACUUCCGUGGCCUCCUAACCAUGGUGACCCUACUAAAUGACCCCACUGGACUGAGAGGCAGCUCGGGACAGAGGGGCGGAAGCUCUGGACAGAGGGGCGGAAGCUCUGGACAGAGGGGCGGAAGCUCUGGACAGAGGGGCGGAAGCUCUGGACAGAGGGGGGGAAGCUCUGGACAGAAGGGCAGGGGCUCUGGGCUGAGGGGCUCUGGCGCCUCUGGGCUGACUGGCGGCACUGGUGGCCCCUGGCUGACUGGCGGCACUGGCGGCCCCUGGCUGACUGGCGGCACUGGCGGCCCCUGGCUGACUGGCGGCACUGGCGGCCCCUGGCUGACUGGCGGCACUGGCGGCCCCUGGCUGACUGGCGGCACUGGCGGCCCCUGGCUGACUGGCUGCACUGGCGGCCCCUGGCUGACUGGCGGCACUGGCGGCUCCUUGCAGACUUGCGGCACUGGCGGCGCUGGGCAGACUGGAGGCACUGGUGGCGCUGGGCAGACAGGUGGCUCAGGCGGCACUGGGCAGACGGGUGGCUCAGAUGGCGCUGGGCAGACCGGUAGCUCAGAUGGCGCUGGGCAGACUGGCGACUCUGAUGGCGCUGGGCAGACGGGAAGCUCUGGCAACGCUGGAGAGGUAGGCUCUGGCAGCGCUGGACUGAGCAUCUCUGGCGCCUCUGGAAUGAGGGGCUCUAGCGCCUUUGGACUGAGGGGCAGGAGCUCUGGCAGCGCCAAACAGGCGGCAGACUCCGGCAGCGCUGGAGAGGAGGAAGGCUCUAGCAGCGCUGGACUGAGGAGCUCUGGCGCCUCUGGAAUGAGGGGCGGGAGCUCUGGCUGCGCUGGAGAGGAGGAAGGCUCUGGCAGCGCUGGACAGGCGGGAGCACCUGUAGGGAUGAGAUGGAGAGACAGCCUGGUGUGAGGGGGUUGCCACCGGAGGGCUGGUGCGUGGAGGUGGUACCGGAUAGACCGGACCGUGCAGGCGCACUGGAGCUCUUGAGCACCGAGCCUGCCCAACCUUACCCGGUUGAAUGCUCCUGGUCACCCUGCCAAUGCAGCGAGGUGGAAUAGCUCGCACUGGGCUGUGCAGGCGAACCGGGGACACCGUGCGCAAGGCUGGUGCCAUGUAAGCCGACCCAAGGGGACUCACUGGGGACCAGAUGCGUAGAGCCGGCUUCAUGGCACUUGGCUCGAUGCUCACUCUAGCCCGGCCGAUACGCGGAGCUUCAAGAAUAUGGUUUCAAGAAUAUUUCAAACCAAUACAUGUAUGUAUAUUCGAUAUUCAUCAAUGACUGUUAUAGGCCUAUAUUCAAUUAUAACGUUUCCUGUUCGUAAUAAAAAUCCCAUCUUCAUAAAAAAACAGUCUAAACAUAAGAAAUUGUCUCAUCCAACAUUGGCUCCUCGUAGUUAAAAAAAACGGAGCCAUCUACUAGGCCUGAAGGCCUGUAUUCGUCAUCCCACUAACCAGAGCUCGGAAUCGGUCCGUACCUCACCAUCUGUUGCAUCAUUGACCUCUCCAGAGUCCUGGUGAUCAAACCUCUCAUACAUGGAAUCAAACAACAUCCACAAAGAACCAAAACACUCAUACAGGUGAAAGUUGCCCACAACACAGUGAUUAUGACAUUUUUCCAUUUCCAAAACACACUGUCAAACCAAUUUGUUAGAGCGUUAUCCACCCCAGAGUUCUUUGCUAAUUCGUGAGCUAAUGUGGUUAAACCAGCCAGGGCCUUGGUCACUGAUCCGUCUGGAGCUGUGUUAUCAUAAAAUAAACGUACAGCAAUGAACCCCAAUCAUUCUACCUACCCCGCCCUUUUCUGCCAAUUAACAUAUCGAGAGUCAGUCUAUUUUACCAGGUCAUGAGGGAGGUGGCAGAUAAUUGGUCAGAGAACCCCUUUACUGCAUCCCCAGUAUCAUUCACAAAUCUCUGUUGAUUAUAAUAUAGAUGUCAUUAAUCCAAUCCACAUUUUUAUAUAUUGUCAACCACCAAAAUAAUGUAGUGGUAAAGUCUUCACCUUUGAUUCAUAGCUUUGUAUUAAUCUGUAACUUCCCUGAGGAUGCCAAUAGCAUCCAUCUAGACAAAGUUACUCCCAUCCUGGUCAAAACUCCUCCUGUGCCUACUUUAGCCUCCUAUAACUGGCCUCUGAUGACUAACUCGAACUGAUUGGACCAAUAACACCGGGGCGCAAGUUCCUAACCACCCUUUUUGGUAGUUUCUGUCGUAUACGUCCUUUGCUGGUAUGAGCCCACCCUACAUCAGAUAUAGGUGCUGUGAGGUUAACCUCUCUAGGGUAUGUGGGACGCUAGCGUCCCAUCUGGCCAACAUCCAGUGAGUUUGCAGAGCCAAAUUCAAUUACAGAAAUGCUGAUUAUAAAAAUUCUGAAAACAAAACAUAUUUUACAUAGGUUUAAAGAUUAACUUCUUGUUAAACCAACCACAGUGUCAUAUUUAUAAAAUGCUUUUCGGCAAAAGCAUACCUAGCCCAGAACAUACCUUGCCCAGAACAUAGCCCAGUUGACAAAUGAAUCCUACAGACGAAGAACCAUAUAUGUGACAUAAAAAAAGAGAUAUACAUGAAAAAUCAUUAUUGGACACCAUUUUUCUAUAGUGAACCGGUUUCACAAGCUUUUCACGUGCUAAUUAACAAUAAUUUUAAAUUUAAAGAUAGGCUCUCGUGGAAUAACCGUUUAUGUGCAUCACUCAUGGAAGGACAAGCGCACAACCUUUCUGUUGCUGAUGAAAAUCGCAGAAAUGUGGGAAAGAAACGUAAAACAAAACUAAAAGAAUGGAAAGACAGGCAAAGGAAGAUCUUACGGGAUGCGGGAAAACCCUAUACAAAUAGUAAGGGUCAAGACAAAACUGGGAAAAGCUGUCCAAAAGAGGUAUGUGGAAAAACCGUAUAUCAAGCUAGCUAGCUAUAGAGUACAGUAACUAAGAUGUAUGUUCUGGGUUGUCUAAUUUGUAACUAUAGAGAAAACAUAUUAGCUAAAGUUCGUUGGCUACUAACUCAUACAUUAUCGUUACAAAUGCUAUUGCUAGAUUAUAGAAGAAACAUAGCUAGCUACUUUUUGUCCAUCCACCGGAUGAUUCGACAUGGCUACAGUAGCUAGCUAGUUACACUGUAUCCUGCAGGGAAGAGCAUGUUCCACGACGUGCAGAAAGGAUUGUGGAAAGUUGACUGAUGAACGCAAGCUGCAUCUGUUCAACAGUUUCUAUACUGUCCCAUACGAGAAACAACAAGCGUUGAUUCUCUCCGGCUUAGAACAGGUUAGAAAUAAGACAAAACGCCUAUUAUUAUAAUAGCUACAUUGAACACUUGCAUAGUUUAACUUUGACAGUAAUGAUACGUACAUUAACGUUAACUCUAAAAGGGCUGUGUUACACAAUGGUGCAAUACAAACUCAUUCUGUGUAUAGAUUGGGAGUGUGUGAAAGAUGGAGGUCCUGAUCAAGCAAUAUCCUGAAUGUGCUACAGUAUAUUAAAUUCUGAAUUCAUCAUUGUCAAAUUUUAUUGCAGCAUGAGGUGAAACGGAGACGUAAACCUGAGGAUACAAAGGAGAACAAACGACGAACAAACCUUCAAAUACCAUGUACAGCAAGCAGGCCAGAAAUUGAAUGUGUGCAAUGUUACUUUCAUGUCUGUGUUCCAGCUAACCAACAGCCGUCUUCAGGCAAGUGAAAAUAUGAAUUAAUGUCUAUAUGAAUAUCAACUACAAACAUAUUGUAUUCUCUAUACUACUUUUGAAUAACCUGCUAAUUGAAAUGUAAUUGUUUUGGUCAGGUUAUUCAGGAAAGGUUAGCUGAGGCAGGUGAGGUUGCAGGGUCUCCAGAUCAGACUACUGAGGCUAGGUCUCCUUUAGAAGAUGGAAGAGGGAAGCAUAGCAAUAGGUCAUGCGCUAUGGAUUCCAGUCUGGAUUAUUUCACUAUAGCAGUGCUCUAAACAAUCUUCUAAACAUUAACAUAGAGUAUCGAAUGGAUGAAUAGCGAAUUCUGAAACAAAAAUAUAAAAAUGUUUAUUAUAAAAUGAUGGUAACUAAGCUGUCCAACUACCACCUGAGCAUUGAGCGAUUACCUUCCCCCUCCCACCGGACGGCACUGGCCUAAUUCUCGCUGCCCUACAGGACCCCCGGCCACAAACGGCAAUGGCGUGACCGGGAUUUGUACCCCGGUUAUAGCGACACAGUUGCACUCUAAGGCAAGUCCCUAGACCAUUGAGAGAAUACAAGUUUAACAACACCUUGUUGUCUCCUUACAGGCCACAUCGGAUACAUGCUACAGUGAAAGAGGGCAUCAAGGAGCACAUUCUAUCUUUCCCAAGAACCCAGAACCACUACUCUCGGAUGAAGGGGGAUGUACACAGAGAAUACCUCAGCCCUGAUCUGAAUUUGUUGCGAAUGUACCGACUCUACAAAGAGAAGAAUACCACAUCAUCUGCAAAAUUCUGGGUUUAUAGGGACAUUUUCAAACAGCAGAGUCUCAAUUUCGGCCUACCCAGGAGUGACACCUGUGGCAAAUGUGACGCAUUCUUCACUAAGAUGUCAGCAGCAACAUCUGAAGAGGAGAAGAGGAAGAUUGCAGUUGAAAGUGAGUUGCACCAUCGAAAAGCCGAAAAGGCCUACACACAGCUUCAAAGUGACACUGAGUGGGCUAAAGCCAAUGCUGACUGCCAUGUCAUUUCUGUGGAUUUACAGAGGGUGAUGUACACCCCUAAUCUGACCCACUCCAAUGUCUACUACCAGCGGCAGCUGUCAAAUUUUAACUUUUGCAUCCAGGAACUUGGAAAAAAGAUCCUGCAUACAUGUGUGUUUGGCAUGAGGGGAUUGGACACAGAGGGUCCAUUGAGGUGGCAAGCUGCAUAAUGAAGUGGGUGAAGACAAAAUUCACGCCACUCACCAAACCAGAGGUGCGCAAGUUGAUCAUAUUCAGUGACAGAUGCUGUGGGCAGAAUAACAACUGGCGGAUGCUCAAUCGGAUGUCGAUGCUCGUCUCUAUGGGUUACUUUACCCAAGUUGAGCAGAAGUUCAUGGUCUCUGGUCAUUCUUUCUUCCUUGUGAUCGAUCUUUUGCCACCAUCGAGAAGAGGCGCACGGUGUCAGUCCUUCAUACACCUGAUGAUGUUUCAAAGAUGAUACUUGAAGCACAACCAGCAAAACCAUUCAAGGUGAUGAGGAUGCAAUGUGAAGACUUCAGGCACCUCCCAGAUUCUGUUCUCAAGCGACCAGCUGGACUACAGAUCACCUCAGUGAGGUGGUUAAAAGUCACAGUUGAGGAUCCUUGGAAUCUGUACGCCAGACAGAGCCACAGUCUAUUUGAGGGAUAGAAAUCGUGGCUGAUCUCCAAACCAAAACAAGGAGCUACACCUCAACCUCCCUAUUUUGCAAGCCACUACCCUAGAGGAUAUGAGAGUCCUCUGCCCAUCAAAAAAACAAGUACCAAGAUCUGAUGACCAUGCUCAACUACUUGCCAGCUGCUGCACGCUCUUUUUAUGAAUCACUGCAGAGUGAAUAAUUUGUUGUUAAACCAAGCUACAUAAUUAACUGUUUUUUUCUGUGAGUUUAUGAUCCCCUGAACCUGUAUAGUGUGUUGAAUCUGAAUACAUUUCAGAAGACAUGUCACCCCUAUUGUAGGAAAUUAAAUGUAUAGUAGGUGUUUUCUAUGUGAAUCAAUUUGUGUAUGAUUUGAACCAGCACAAUAUAUUGAAUUAAUUUAAUUUUAAGAUGUUGUUCCUAGUGUAGAAAAUGUUAUGCACAAUGUGUUCUGUUGAGUAUUAUUUUGUGUGUGAUCAUUUGAACCUUUUUUAAUCUGAAUGAAUUAAAAACAAAUAAGUCGUCACAUACAGUAUGUGAGUAUUCAUUUGA